AGGACGUGAGGGGACAAAACUUUGUGCAGAACCUGAUCUCCUACUGACCAUGUGGCUCUACAGUUUCUUCCAAGGACUCGACCUGACAAGGCUUCUUCUGUUGGUCUUUCUCUUCCUGCUUAUUGCAGACUUCUUCAAAAACAGGAACCCUCCAAAUUUCCCUCCAGGACCACGGGGGCUCCCUUUGCUAGGAUGCGUUUUAAGUAUGGACUUCCAACGUCCGCACGAAUAUUUGACCAAGCUUUCAGAAACCUAUGGCAAUGUUUUCCACCUCCGCCUCGGCAGAACUAAGAUAGUGGUUGUUUGCGGCUACAAGAUGGUGAAGGAAGCCAUUGUGACGAAUGCUGAAAACUUUGUGGAUCGGCCAUAUAAUGCGAUUGAUGCCAGGUUUUACUCUGGAACUACAGAUGGUUUGCUUGCAAGCAGCGGAGAAAGAUGGAAGACACAUCGCCGAUUUGCAUUGUCAACCUUACGCAACUUUGGACUUGGGAAGAAUGUGACUGAGCAGAGCAUUAUUGAGGAGCUCCUACAUUUGCAGGAGGAGAUGGUCAAAGAGAAAGGGGCGCCUUUCCACCCUGCUAAACUUUUCAACAACGAUGCAUCGAAUAUCAUCUGCCAACUGGUGGUGGGGAGGCGCUACGACUACAGUGACCACACCUUCAGCACCAUCCUCAAACAUCUCUCAGAUGUUAUCAAAGAUGAAGGCUCCAUCUGGGGUCGACUGUACGAUUCCUUCCCCUGGCUGAUGAAGCACUUGCCUGGACCUCACAACAAAAUGUUCCAGGACUUCAUCACACUCCAGGAAUUCUUUGUCGAGGAGGUCAAGAGACACCAGCAGGACUUGGACCACGAUAAUCCUCGGGACUAUAUAGACAGUUUCCUCAUUGAAAUGGAGAAGCACAAAGAAUCCGAUUUGGGCUUCACUAAGGUGAACCUGGCUCUGUGCUCCUUGGAUCUGUUUACGGCCGGAACAGAAACAACAUCAACUACAUUGCAGUGGGCUUUGGUUUACCUCAUCAAACAUCCAGAGAUACAAACGAGGGUCCAGGCUGAGAUAGACCAUGUGAUUGGACAGAACCGGCUGCCCGCCAUGUCUGAUAGAGCCAACAUGCCGUUCACGGAUGCAGUCAUCCAUGAGGUCCAGAGGAUUGGAAACAUUAUCCCUCUGAAUGGAAUGAGAGCUGCCAGAAACGACACCAUGCUUGGAGGCUACUUCAUUCCAAAGGGAACCACUGUGCUGCCCAUGCUGACCUCUGUGCUGUACGACAAGAACGAGUGGGAAACUCCAGACUCCUUCAACCCAGGACACUUCCUCGACUCUCAUGGGAGGUUUGUGAAGCGAGACGCAUUCCUGCCGUUUUCUGCAGGGAAGCGGGUGUGUCUCGGAGAAGGGCUGGCCAAGAUGGAGCUCUUCCUGUUCUUGGUGGGUUUACUACAGAAGUUCUCCUUCGCUGCUCCUGAAGGUGUGGAGCUGAGCACUGACAGCAUCAUAGGAAUCACAAACGUGCCUAAGCCCUUCCAUGUUCACGCCAAGGUUCGCUGAGCGACUCAUAACACAAGUUCAAUGUAAUUAAGACGAUAAUUUGGUUUACUUUUUAUGUACGUUGUAUACUGUCGUCUUCUGUUUCAUGGUUGAGCUGCAGAACCAUGUUGCACCUCCUGGUCAAAACAUUCUUUUAAAAACAGUUCAGUGAUUUCAGUCUUCUUCCACUUGCUCCUGUUACAAUGAGAUAAUUCAUAAAUCUCAACUCCAAGCAGUGAAUAUGGACGAGCUCACGUUCACUGGUCAAGUCCCACAGUGUGUAUGGGGCCAAGUCAGCAGGACCUCAGCUGAAUGGCACAGAGGAACCUGCACCAGUAAACAGGGAUGGAAUUAAAGGCCAGUUUCUGACUGAAGACACAGCAGUGUCAGCAAACUCUGGACACCAUGAUGAAGACCUCCCCAUGCUUCCGUCAACUAGACCAGCCACAUCCAACGUCCCUUGUUCUCUUCAUUGAAUGUAUUACUCUGGCUCAAAACGUGAAAGCAGGUGGUUAAAAAUAGACAAUUUAACCAAUUGUGGCGGGAAAUAAAAAAUAAAAAUUGAACAUCUCAUAAGUCUGUUUGGAUUCAGUAAUUCAUAUGAUAACAGAACAAAACAUGGCAGUGCUAAG